CAUGAGUUGGAUGUUCCAUUAUCCUGGCUCAGCCUGUGACACCUACAGUGGUACAACAGUGGGGGUUCAAGAUUGAAUUCUUCAUCACGCACUUGUGGCAUUUUUGACUAUAUGGCUAUAUUCCAACAAGCCCAUGGGCCCUCGCGGCCACGGGAACAGCAGUACAAAAGCAGCAGCACGGGACAUACAACAUGCGGAAUAACAUAUCAGGACAAGUGUAGAAAAGCGACAGUGUACAUAGCGAUUACCAUUACGGUGGCUUACCCGGCCGCCCCGCAGGACCUGCCGCCACUCGGCCUACAGGGCUGACAGAUGCGUGUAUGAACAACAAUAAUAAUAAUAAUAAUGGCUAUAUUCAACAUGCCUCGUACACCUGGAGCCAAGGAGCUUGACCCUACUGUACGGGCAAGGAUCUGUGAACUUCAUGAUAUUGGCUGGGGCGACAAACGCAUCUAUAAAAGAUAUCCGUCCAUCUCAAUAUCUACAAUACGCAAUACUAUCAAGUUGGAGUCCUCUCGUUCUGAUCAACGCUCUCUUACUCGAUCUGGUGGACCUAAAAAGCUCUCUUCACUUCAAGAAAAUGGACUUCUAAAGAAGACAGAAGAAAACGAACAUAUAAAGAUGCAUGAACCCCAAGAUGCUGUUGAUAAUAGUGUAUCAAAGAGCACUAUUCUCACUGCGGAUGGCUGGUAUACAAAGUAUUAAGAUAUUU